AUGGAUUAUACUCGUAAGAAAAUCCUACUGAUACAGGUAUGGUCGAUGCUCUUCACAAGUGUCUCCGCUGCCAAAUAUGGAGAUAUGGUUAACCUCAAGUCCGACCUUUUGGCAGGUUAUUCUAGGAAAGUUCGUCCUCUUGAAAACCAGGAAAAAAAGUUAUUAGUUAAUGUACGAUACACAUUGAAAUCACUUAACAAUUUUGACGUAGUCAAUGGGAGAAUGACAACGAUGGGGUUACUUGACCUGACAUGGAAGGAUGAGAAAAUGAAAUGGAAACCGGUGCGCCACGCAAAUAUAGAGAAAGUGACAUUUCCAGAGUCGGACGUGUGGGCCCCGGUGGUAUUUGUGGCUAAUGGUGCAGACGAUAUUAACACGAGAACUUCAAGGUUUGGGGAUACCUCGAUUGCGUUCACUGCUGACGGGAUGGCUAAGUACUUUAUCAAGGUUGUCAUGACGACAACUUGUGACCCGGAUAUCACGUACUACCCAUAUGAUGUCCACGUCUGUUUGAUAACAUUGACAACAGAAGAACCGAUCCGCGAGGUGGAAUUCGUAAUCAAUCCCAAAGAGGUGUACCCUGCAGCGCAGCUGAAUUUACUAUGGAACAUUAUCGAUUUUAAAUACAGGAACUUUACAGAAAUAGGCGUAUCAUAUAUCGAAAUAUCUGUAACCAUUGAACGGCGCCCUAGCUACCUCAUUUUAAAUAUUCUUACCCCCAUCUGUUUAUUGAGUUUUUCAAACCUUCUAGCUUUUGUUCUGCCGACUGACUCAGGAGAAAGAGUAUCGUUUGCUAUCACGAUGUUACUGACCCUGUCCGUGUACAUGACUAUAAUGUCGGACAGUAUCCCAAACACCAGUGACCCGGUGUCCAUUCUCACGAUUUCAUUGCUGAUCAAACUUGUGUACAGUGGUAUGAUAGUGCUGGCAGUGGUUUUAAGUGUGAAAUUGAACCAUACUGAUGAACGCAAAGCUAUUCCAAAGUGGUUGUUGCGUAUCGCAAGAUUCAGGAAUAGAGUUGGUAACAAAGAAGACCGAAGCCACUGUGAAGAUCGUCCGGCCGAAGAUGUGAUAGAAAAGGAAGAUUUGGACAAAUCAAUCCUAACAAAGACAACCGACACAUCUUCUAUCACGUGGCGCUCUAUCGGGCGAAGUUUGGACACUAUAUUCUUUAUAGUAUUUACAGGUAUUACCCUUGUAGAAACCAUAUAUAAUUUGGUUCGUAUUUUGUACCGCAUAGGUUAG